AUGAGCACCAUCGAGGUAGCUGGCAGCAGCACACGUGCAGACGGACAGGGGCUGUUCCAAUGCGGGGCCUGCAAGCGUCACUACAAUCGGCUGGACCAUCUGGCCCGCCACGCCCCCGGCCGCGUGACCCAGGCCUGCCGGGCGUGCGCGACAAACCAUGUGCGCUGCACCGAGACCAAGCCGUGCCGUCGCUGCGCCGAUCGGGGGCUGGAGUGCGUCUUUGUGCGCACCGACGACGCCAUGACGUCCCCCGCACCGGCGCCUGCAGCGGACUUCCAGCCGAGCCAUCUCAUGAUGAGCCCGUCGUCGAUGCCGUCCAGCCUGGACGUGCAGGUUGAAGAGCCCAUGCGCCUGAGUGUGAGUGGCUCCGACGCUGCAGAGGGACCCCUGAGCCAACCGGUGCCCCCGUCCCUGCAGCAACUGCCGACGGGAUAUUGCACGCCAGCCUUUACCGAGUGGAACUUCCUUCCCGGGCUGUGGUCCGACACCGACGGCGUGGGCAUCGGCCAGCCGUUCCCGGGCAUCGAGCUGGACGACCUCGACCUGCGCUUUCUCGGCACUUACAACACCACAGUCCCCUUCGAGUUCGCGUACGCCCCGCAGCCCGUCUCCCCGCAACGGCCCUCCGUGCCGAGGCGCAGCUCAGACGCGGAUGCAGGCGACCCGGCUUCCUGGGCCUCCGAAGCUUUUCGCAACCACCACUGGCGGUUCCGGCCGAAUCCCAAAGACCACGGGGGCGCCGAGGAGCACAACUUGUCGCUUCCGUCGGAUGCCCGCGACCACCCGUCCCCGGACUCGCACAUCUCGUUCGCCCGGCGCGUCACGCCGGCCCGGCUGGGUGCCCGCGCGCGCGACAACAUCCUGACCAUCGUGAUCAAGUCGUGUCGGCCCGAGAACCUGCCCAAGGCGGUCGCCUGCUUCCCCAGCGCCGAGCUGCUGGACACGCUGAUCCAGUUCUACCUCACGUCGCCGCAGGCCCGCGCCGACUCGUUCAUCCACGCGGCCACGUUCGACCCCAACGAGAAGAAGCCGGAGCUGCUGCUGGCCAUGGCCGCGGCCGGCGCCGUGCUGACGUCGGACCCGACGCUGGCCAAGCUGGGCUACGCCAUGCAGGAGUGCGUGCGCACGGCCAUCCCGGCCGUCUGGGAGACCAACAACUCGCUGGUGCGCAACCUCGAGCUGACCCAGGCCUUCCUGAUCAACCUCGAGAUCGGCCUCUGGAGCGGGCUCAGCCGCAAGGUCGAGAUCACCGAGAGCUUCCUGCAGUCGCCCCUGACCAUGUUCCGGCGCGGCGGCCGGUUCCGGCGAUCCAGCUACCCGCCCGUCGUGCUCGACGCCGCCGACCAGACCGCCGCGGCAGCCGAGGCCGCGUGGCGGGCCUGGGUGCAGCAGGAGUCCUUCAAGCGCACCGCCUUCCGGCUGCUGCAGCACGACCUCAACUCGUCCAUGUACCUUAUGGUCAACCCGCUGGUCUCGUACGCCGAGCUAUCCCUGCCGCUGCCCUGCUCGCCCUGCCUCUGGUCCGCCACGUCCGCCCAGCAGUGGCGGUCCCUCCUCCUGCAGUGCCCCUCCCUCGCCCACCAGCCGCCCACGGUGGCCGACUACCUCGACGACCCGGGCGCCUUCCAGAACCCACGCGCGACCCCGAUCCUCCUCGACGUGGCCGGCGCCAACGAAGCCUUCCUCGCCUGCGCCUGGUCGCUCGCGUGGGAAUGCAUCCAGCUGGCCGCGCUGCAGCGCACCACCGCCAGCUCCCCCUCCACCACCUCCUCCUCCAACAACCUCACCCCACAACCGCCCAACCGGCGAUGGAACCCCUUCCUGCUCGCCUCGCGCCGCGAAGAGCUCCUCAAACUGCUCGCGCACUUCCGCCUGACCCUGCCACCCAUCCCACACCCGAGCCCCAACCCAAACCUCUUCCCGCCCCCGUCCCCGACCACCACCACGACCCCCUUCCCCCCCCACCAACCCGGCACAACCGACACCCACACGCUACUGGCGCUACACACCCGGCUAGACCUGAUCCACUUGCACCUGCACGCGCCCUUCGACGAGAUCCAGACACUAGCAGGCGCGGAAGGGCCCGAGGCGGCGCGCGGCGCGUACGCGGGCGUGGCAGACUGGGCGCGCACCGAGGCCGCGCGCAAGGCGGUCUGCCACGCCGGCCAGGUGCUGCGCUUCGCGCGCCGCGCCGCCCGCGGCAUGCUGCACGGCCCUGCCGCGGCCGGGAUAUACCAGGCCGGGCUGGUGCUGUGGGUUUGGGGGCUGCUGGAGGCGCGGAGGGCCGGGGGUGGUGGGCCGCCACCACCGGGGAAGGGGGGUGCGAGGGUGUGCUUGGAUGGCGGGGAGGAGGAGGGGCUGGCGGUGCAGCGGUUCACAUGCUUUGGGGUCGGGCGGCCGUGUCUCCGGGGAGGAGGAGGGGCGGCGGACGAGGUGGUGUGGCUGGCGGAUCCGGAGGCGGUGCUGGGCGCGAUUCUGGGGAUAUUGCGGGAUAACUACGAGGGCCUGCCCAGGCCGCAUCUGGUGGAGCGACUGCUACAGCUGAUGGAGGCGCUGCAGCGGGCGUCAGCCGGCAUGAUGGAGUUUCAUGGGCAGUUGGACAAGCAGUGA